UGACCGAGCCACAUCAGGGGUGUUUAGGACCUCGAGGACGCCAGAUGUGGACUGCUACAGUUCCUCUGUCCCGCCGGUGGCAGCGCGGCGAAACCGAAAAGUUGAUCCAGUCGCUCCGGAUCGUGCGUCCUGACGCGCCAGUGGAUCGGCGGCGAUGGGAGCCUCGCAGACGCGCACCGGGAACGAACACCAGCAUCUGAUGGACAAGACUGGAUUUUCGUCGGAGCAGAUCAAAAACCUCCGCAAGCGGUUCCUGCAGCUGAGUGGAAAUGAGGAGACGAUCAGCAGAGAGCACCUGGACACCAUACCGGCCCUCGCCGAGAAUCCAAUCAAGGCGCAAAUCAUCGAGGCGUUCUUCGAUAAGAGGAACCAGCGCGGGGACGAGGCGGGCGCCUUCCAGGAGAUCGGCUUCGAGCAGUUCCUCAUGGUCAUGUGCCACUUUCGCCCGCCGACGCUGAAGAUGACGGCGGAGGAGAAGGAGGCCAUGAGGAAGGAGAAGCUGCGCUUCCUGUUCAACAUGCACGACACGGAUAACGACGGCACCAUCACCCUGGAGGAGUACAGGAAGGUCGUGGAGGAGCUCCUGUCGAAGAGCGGCGCCAUCGGGCAGGAGACGGCCGAGGCAAUAGCAGAUGCGGCCAUGUUGGAAGUGGCGAGCACGAACGUGCCGCACAUGGCCCCAGAUGAGUUUUAUGAAGGAAUUACAUUUCAGCACUUUGAACAGAUACUAAAAGGGCUUGAAAUGGAGUCCAGGAUGAACAUUCGCUUUUUGGACGUGGACACCACCACGAUGCGUUGUGGGAGAUCGACCUCUUGAAGGACAAACAUGUUCAUGUGGCUGCUGUUUUGAGCAGAACCUCUCCAGUCCUCGAAGGGAAUGAAGCCAAAUACUUUUGGAUAUAUUUUGGGACGACGAGAAAUAACCCCUUUUGUUUUUUUCUUUUUCUUUUUGAAUUAGGCCUGUCUGCUGCUGACGCAGUCUGACUACGUUCAAGUGCUUUGGGUCAAAGGAUGUUGUUUUCUCAGCGUUCAAGCAUUCUGACCUGAUAUAAUAUCUAUUUCCUGUCUUCUGUCACGCUCGUGUUCACUUCUGUUCCAACGUCAGACUAACACACUACCUCUCUCUGCGUUCGGCCGAUCGAUAAAUCUGUAAUGUAGCCAGCAUGAAAAGUGAAGGAUUCUUUGUACGUGUCAGUUGAAGUCCGUUGUGCCCAGCGGCUGCUCUGCUCUGGGAUCCAUUUGUUAUAUGGCUGCCGUCCAGACACAUAACAUUCCCCCUGCAGCUCCAGAAUACGUUAUAGGUUUUAACUUUAUCUGUCACACUUAACAUCACCGAAUUUACGAAUUAUUACAGACUUUGCACAGAAUUAUGUUGAUGAACGACAUCAAUUUAACACAUUAGAGGCAAAACAAAUGCAUGUGUAAGAUGUUUUUGCAGAGAAACUAAUGAAUAAUGUACUAAGAAGAAUCAAUGAAAUGUAGUAAAUGAGGUAGAUACGAA